UAUCAAGACAAUAUUAGUAAAAUAUUUGCAUAAUUGGUUUUACUAGUGAUUCUUUAAUUUAACAUCUUGACUUUUUGACACUUUUAAUGUGAUUUAUAAUCUCAUUAUGUUAAUUUGCGCAAUAAGUAGGAAGAUGGAAACAAAAUUGUUAAUUUAGUUAGAAAAUGAUAUCAACAUGUUGAUGCAUAAAUUUUGGCCCUUGUUCUGUUUAUUAUUUCUAUUUCUAAGUCUUACUUGGUUACCGGAAAUUAAAUUUCUAUAUGCCGCAGAACUUUGUAUUCGAUUGCAUACAUGGUUAUAUUUGAAUAGAAGAGAAUAAAAUGAUGCCAGUAAUUUUGUUUUUUUGUUUUGUAGAUGAAGGAUUUGGCUACUCUUAAAGUGAGGAGGUGAACUGACAACAGUUUUUUUUUUUUUAUUAAAUAUAUACUUAGUAGAAUCAUAUUUUUAAUAGAUAGUUAAUUUUGUAAUAAAUGGUUCGGAAACGAUAUGUCGAUUGGCCGAGUUAUUAAAAAAAGAAAUCAGGUUUUUAAAUGAAGUGAGGGGCAUAAUUGGAAAGCAAAGAGAAUGAAUUUUUAUUUCGUACCCUCUUUCAUUGCUUCAUUCUCUCGUGUUGUCGUUCCUCUCCUUUCUCUUUGUCUCCUGUUGGUCUUGUUGCUUUUUCUCCGUGUUCCUCUCGUUGGUCUUUCUCUCUCAUGGCUCUCGUUGGUCUUUCUCCGUCGUCGCUCUUGUUGCUCUUUCUCCGUCGUUGCUCUCGGUCGCUUUGUGUGAGUGCUCUGUCAUUGUGGGUGUCUUGGGCAUCCUUGGUGUGCACUAUUGAAGCCCUCCCUGUACCCUUGUUGCUUUCGUCGUUGUUUGGGGUCCAAUGGCAUCAAGAAAACCAAGUGCUUAGGUCGUGGAAAGACUAUCCUUGCACGGUCAUCGUUCUCAAAGGUUGUUCCCGCGCAUAUGGUGAUGGCUCCCUUAUGCGGGAACGGAAGAAACAAUUGAAAAUAUCUUUAAGAUUGGAGAAUUAAAUAUGGAGUGAUGCUUAAGUACGAUCGAUCUUGAAAUGCCGGAAGUGCGUGCUGCUUUUGACAUGGAUGACGGAGGAAUUGGUGAAGAAACGAAUUAUGAAGAAACGAAGGGUGAACCAUCCACCCUUCCGGAAACAGAUGAAGAUACAUCCGAUGACGGCACUUGGGAAGCAAGUGCAGAGGAGAUGGUUAGGAAAGCCAAUUCUGAAAUAAUGUCAUUGAAUGCCAGAAUUGGAAUCCUUACGAAGGAGUUAAUGGACCUUCGUGAAUUUUUCCAUUCUAUAACGAAGAAGCUGAUCUUUCUAAUCAUGAAGAAGGUGUUGUUGUAGGUCAUGAAGGAUGUGUUGGUGGAGUUGAUGAAGACCCUUUAGGGGAUUAAGAACCACCAACUAAACAUCACAAAGCUGCACCAUCUAACGAAGCUGCACCAUCCGACCAUCUUCUUGAUUAUAUUCAUGUUGAUGAUGGUGACAAUGACGAUCAUGAAGAGCAUGUACCGUUGCGCAAGUUUGUGGGUGAUUCAACCACCGAUGUCGAUGUUGAGAAAUUGUUCACUGCAGUCAGCGUUAGAGACAUACCACAUAGGUAAAUGUUUUGAAUUUCAUUU